CCUAUAUAGGGCCCGCCGGCCCGCCGCCCGCCACUCCCCGCUCGCCAGCCGCCUCUCUGCGCCAGGCAUGGCCCCCAGCACCGUGGCCGUGGAGCUGCUCAGCCCCAAAGAGAAAAACCGACUCCGCAAGCCAGUGGUGGAGAAGAUGCGCCGCGACCGCAUCAACAGCAGCAUCGAGCAGCUUAAGCUGCUGCUGGAGCAGGAGUUCGCGCGGCACCAGCCCAACUCCAAGCUGGAGAAGGCCGACAUCCUGGAGAUGGCCGUCAGCUACCUAAAGCACAGCAAAGCUUUCGCCGCCGCCGCCGCCGGCCCCAAAAGCCUGCACCAGGACUACAGCGAGGGCUACUCCUGGUGCCUGCAGGAGGCCGUGCAGUUCCUGACGCUGCAUGCGGCCAGCGACACGCAGAUGAAGCUGCUCCACCAUUUCCAGCGUCCCCCAGCCGCGCCCGCCGUGCCCGCUAAGGAACCCAAGGCGACCGGCAGCGCGCCCACGCCCGUGCUCACUCCCGCCAAGGCCACUGCAGUGACCGCGCGCCAGCCCACCUGCGGCCUCUGGCGGCCCUGGUGACCCGGCAGGACGUGCGGGUGGCCGCCCCGAGGACCAGAGGCCAGCCUGCACCUCUGGCCAUUCGUCUGUCCCUCCUGGGGCUUGGACAGGCCCCCUUCUCCGGAAGGCUCGCUCUCCAGGCUGGCGGGCCAGCAGGAGGGUCCUUCUGGAGAGAAGGCGGUCACAGAGCCCUGGUCACUCAGGACAGUCGGGGCCGCCUUCGCACAAGUGUCUGACUCCACGGGGUUGUUCUGUGUUUGCAUUUCAGCAAGUGACUUCUGGGAAGUCCCCGCUGCCCGGGGUUCUAUGAUAUUUGUAGGCGUCAGGGGCUCGGUCAGCCGGUGCCUCCACGUGUAGAGGACUUUCUUCAGGGCCUGCUGCUGCCGGGCCAGGGGGCCCGGCGGGCGGGCGGGCCGUGCCGUGGGCACAUUUGCCUUUUGUGAAGGCGGAACUCAAGGUGUAUCCUCAUAGGAAAGAGUGUCAGCCUGGAUGGGCACUGAAGGACCAUGCAGAGCUGUGGCCGAAAGGCCCCUGCGUGCACGUGGUUGUCUAGUUGGGGCUCAUAGUGGGCUUUGUGGGGAGGGUGGGCGUCUCCACCAUGAUCCUCAAAGGAUCCCUCUGUGUGGGCGAGCGCGUGUGGUCAUGACUUUGUACUCAGAAUUUGAACCCUCGGUCACGUGGGAGCCCACGGGACUGCUCUGCAGACUUCCAAUAAAAUCUGACUAAGCAGC